GGUGCCUCGGGGCCGUCCCUUCCAGCUCGGGCGUCCCGUGGGGUGAUAGUGCUGGCAGCCAAAAGCCGUGUCGUGGCCACACGGGUUUCUGCCCCUCUGCCCUUUGCCUUUCUCCUCCCUGCAGCUUGAAGCGGCCUCUUUUUAAAAGUGUGUUUCUUUUUCUCUCCGAAAGGCUGUGGUUUGUUAAGGGCGGCGUACACCAAGUUGGGAGAGGAGACCAAAAACCCAAAUUGUGGUUUUUAGUGAAGUCAUAGGUUGGUUGCUGGGUCUUCAAAUCACUAUGAAGGCUUUGUAUGGUCAGCAGAAUUCAUCUGGAGAGGAAAUGACAUUUGUCUUCCAGGAAAGAGAAAACCUUCCUCCUAUGAGAGACAAUGAUGUGAAGGUACAAGUUAGAGCCUGUGCACUGAGCUGGAUAGAUACAAAGCUUCUGUCAGAAAUAAAACUGGAGAAGGAUCUUCUGCCUGUUGGUCGAGAAAUUUCUGGAGUUGUAUUGGAAGUUGGAAGAAAAGUGACCUUUUUUCAGCCAGAUGAUGAAGUGGUGGGAAUUUUGCCCCUGGAUUCUGAUGAGUCUGGUCUUUGUGAAGUUAUUCUAGUUCAUGAACACUAUCUGGUUCGUAAACCAGAGAAGGUUUGUUGGGUUGAAGCAGCCGGGACUGUUCGCGAUGGUGUCCGAGCAUACACAGCUUUACACUACCUUUCACAAGUCUCUCCUGGAAAAACUGUCCUUGUAAUGGAUGGAGCAAGUCCAUUCGGUACAAUAGCUAUUCAGUUAGCACAACAUAGAGGAGCUAAAGUAAUCUCUACUGCAUACAGUCUUGAAGAUAAGCAGUACCUGGAGAGGCUUAGACCUCCUGUGGAAGGUAUACGGCAGCCUUUAGUGGCUCGUGUGAUAGAUGUGUCAAAUGGAAAGAUAGAUGUGGCAGAAAGCUGCUUAGAAGAAACAGGUGGUCUGGGAGUGGAUAUUGUUCUAGACGCUGGAGUUAAAUUGUAUAGCACUGAAGAUGAAUCAACUUCAAAAUCACAGUUGCUGCCUCAUAAGCAUGAUAUUAUUUCUCUUCUUGGUGUUGGGGGACACUGGAUAACAACAGAAAAAAAUCUUCAGCUGGAUCCUCCAGAUAGCCAUUCCUUGUUUCUUAAAGGAGCCACAGUCUCCUUUCUGAAUGAUGAGAUAUGGAACUUGUCCAAUAUACAGCAAGGGAAGUAUCUCUCCAUCUUAGAAGAUAUCAUGGAGAAAUUAUCAAGUAGCAUUUUCAGGCCUCAGCUGGAUGAACCGAUCCCAUUGUAUGAAGCCAAAGUUUCUAUGGAAAUAGUUCAGAAGAAUCAAGCAAGAAAAAGACAAGUCAUCCAGUUCUGACACACAAUUUCCUGAAUUCUAAGGCUGUGGAAGAUAAAGAAACGUAAUGUAUUUGAAAAGUAAAUUAGUGUACACUUUAAAAGAAUUCUGUAACCAGAAUUUAAAGAUCUUUUGUACCUCAGCACAAAUGGUCUGUGAAGCUUCUGUGUCUUCCAGGAUUUUGUAUGCAGUUGAGCAGAAUGUUCCCAGCAGCCACUUCUGAAGAUGUUAUCUUGACACACAAAUCUUGUCUGCCCUGCCCCGAUUACAAAUGUCAGUAACAUCUACAGGCAAACUCAGUUGCUGUUGUUUUUCAAUCAUAAGAAAUUAAAGGAAAAAAAAGUGGUGUUUUUUUUUUUAUUAGUCCUCCUUCCUCCAGCCCCUACCAACAGUCACCUUUAGAUUACCUUUUGCUUUUGACUGCAUUGAAACUGAGCACUCUCUGCAGUACACUGAAGUCUUUAAUCCACACGUUAAAUUUGUAUUCAAUUAGAAGACAGGCAAAACCCUCAGAACUGGCAAGGAUGCUUGAGGGGAAAGGUAUGGCACCGACAGUAAGAGUUACAGCUGAUAUUGUUCAUUUUAGCCUCAGGCAGUAAAUCCAGAGUCCGUAAGCUGAUUGUGUCAUCCAGAUGUUUGAGGCUCUUUGUGUGUCUUGUUAAUGUAAUAUUAUCAUAGAAUCCUAGAAUCACAGAAUGCCAGGUUAGAAGGGACCUCAAGGAUCAUCUGGUCCAACCUUUCUAGGUACUACUCUAGUUUACAUGAGAUGGCUCAGCACCCUGUCAAGCUGAGACUGAAAACUGUCCAAUGUGGGGGAAUCUACCCACUUCCCUUGGGAGACUAUCUGGUAUCUUUCCAGUAAGACCUUUCCAUGCUGUGCACUUGCAUUUCCUCUCUUUUAACCGCAGUCCUUUGCGUUGCACAGUUCGAAUCUGUUUAUCCAACAUCCUCCAUGACUCUGAACCAUCUGCAAAUCAGAAGUAAGGAAGGAGCUGCUGGUCUUUCUUCAAAGCAUCUGGCCUCUUACCUGCUCUUAUUUGAGUGCAAUUUUUUUUUUCCUGUUCAACUGUGCUAUUCAUUUUCACUGUGUGGGUGGCUCAAACAGUGGAACACUUUAAAUCAGUGUAAGAAAUGGGAACAUUUGAGCGAAUAAAGAUUAUCCAGAACCAUGA